GAUAAUGAAAAAGUGGUGAGAAUCGUGAGAAUAAAAAAAAUGAACCUACUUCCGAAAUCGAAAGAGGAGUUUUCUCAAAAAGAAUACUGGGACUCGUUUUUCAAGAAAAGAGGAAGCAAAGCCUUUGAAUGGUAUGGUGAAUACCCAGAAUUGGCAGAGCACUUGCACAAGUAUAUCAAAAAACAAGAUAAUGUCCUCAUUACUGGCUGUGGUAAUUCUACAUUAGGUCAAGAUCUAUAUGAUAUUGGUUACAACAAUAUAACCAAUAUUGAUAUAUCCCAAGUUGUUAUCAAGCAAAUGCUUUCAAAAACAGCAAAAGAAAGGCCAGAUUUGAAAUAUCUUCAAAUGGAUGCCUUGAAUACAAUAUUUGAUGAUAAAACAUUCAAUGUAGUUUUAGACAAAGGUACUCUAGAUGCUUUAAUGAGUGAUGGCUCAGAAGAAACAAUAUCCAAGAUUAAGCAAUACUUUGAUGAAAUCACUAGGGUACUCAAGUUUGGAGCUAGAUACAUGUGUAUAUCAUUGCUUCAAGAACAUAUUUUGAGGUAUAUUGUGGAUUAUUUUCCAAUGAAUCAUUUCAUGUUUAGGGUUGUAAGAUGUUUUGAGGCUGAGAAAAGAGCAAGUGAAAAUGGAGAAAAUCCAAUGCCUGUUUUCAUGGUUGUAUGUACAAAAUUCAAAGACUUACCUAGAAAGGUAUUAGAACUCAACUUAGGAUCUUCAGAGAAGAUGGUUAGGUAUGAAAAGGAGGAAGAUGUUAUUUCUCAGAUAUCAAAUGUUCAGCAUGCAGCAUUUAUAUGUACUGGUUUGAAAAACACUUCCAUUGCAGAUGAAAAUGAGGUAGUGUUAGAUCUCUAUGAACAAGGUACUGAUAGCCCUAGAUUUACAGUUUAUGUAGUGGAUGUGCCCCCACAAGUUAGAAAUUCACAGUAUGCAGGAUUCAUAGUACCAGAAGGCAGGGAAGCUGAAUGGUUGUUUUCUACAAAAGAUGGUAGAAAGAAAUUAGUAGAAAUCACAAAGUUCAAUAGACUUGCCAUCAUAAUUUUGCACAGGGGACACAGAUAUGAAUCAUUUGAGGCUGUUCAAAAGGAACUAACAGAUACAAUUUGUAAUCUAGCCCCUUCAACUUUGACUAACAGAAAGAUUGCAUUUUUGUCAUUGGGUUCUGAUGUUGGUCACAGAAUUAUCAAACACAAAGGUAUAUCCAACUUCACAGGAGAAUAUGUAAUAGAAGAUGUUUUAACAGAGAACAAGGAUAAGUACAGAAGGUUGUUUUUCAUGAAUUCUCAGUCAGUCAUUCAGUCUGAGGCCAAACUGAGAGAAAUCAAAUCCAGAAAAGGGACAGUAAAAGAAGUAGUUGACCUUAUUUACUUAACAUGUAGGCACCAUGUUUACAUGAGCAUAGCAGCUCAUAUAACAUGUAAAGACAAGAAUAGAGCAAAUAUAGCAGUCAUAGGCCUUGGAGGAGGAGGGUUGUGCUCAUUUUUGCACAAAUUUCUGCCAAAAAGUCAUAUUAUUGGUGUUGAUAUUGACCAUGAAAUAAUCAAAAUAGCCACAGAAUGGUUUGACUUCAGGCAGGAUGAUAAAUUGAAAGCAAUAGUUCAGGAUGGGAUAACUUUUUUGGAGAAUACUGCAGAGAAAGGAGAAACAUUGGAUGCAAUUUUAUUUGACAUAGACAGUAAAGAUUCCUCAAUAGGCAUGAGUUGUCCCCCAAAAAGGUUUCUAGAUGAUGAUGUACUCUGUAAUGUAGUGAAAAUAAUUGGAACAACAGGCUUGUUUGUGUUGAAUUUAGCACUCAGAGAUCAAGAACUCAGGCCAACAGUAGUGAAAAACUUGAAAAGGCAUUUCCAAACUAUACUCUCAUACAAGCUGCAAGAAGAUCUGAAUGAAAUUUUUACUUGCAUGAAUGCUCCAAUUCAAAUGGACCAUCUGAAGGAUGCUUGUGUUGAAUUGAAUAACUUAUUCAAAAAACAUAAUAUUAGGGAAAAUGGGGUUGAUGUAGAAAAGUUCAUGAGUGUUUUAGCUACUCAGUCAAUUUUCAUUUGA